CUAAAUAUGGAAAGUAGUGGGGAAAACAUGAUGAGGGAUGGUCAGAAGGAAAGUGACCGAGAUUCAGAAAUUGACCUUGCAAACCCUCUGCUGUAUACUGAAGAGAAGCAAAAAGAGCCUGUAAAGGAUUGUGAGGAUGAUAAUAUGCUCCAGAACAUGUGGCCUCUUGUGGAAGAGAUCUCUAAAGCAGUUGCUGAUGAAAGUAGAGAUUCUGAAAUCAGAAAACAUCAACAAGAGCACUCUAAUAAAGCUAGUCAACCCAUCACUGGCAUUUACAAUGACAACCAUACCUACCACAACAAAGGGCACAAACGAAUCGAAAGCUUACACGUGAUUGCGCCAUCACGAAAGCAAUUCUCCGGACACCAUAAAUCUGCAAAGUCGCAAGUUCCAGAGUUCAACCCAGAUUUCGAGUUCAUGAAGAGACAUGACAAGUGAAAGAUGGACUUCUCUGUGAACGACGGCUCUAUCAAGAAGAGUCUGUCAAAGCUCGAACUUGACUCCAUGAUCAGCAGACUUCACAAGUGAGGCCAACUCUACGAUCUGAACAAGAAAUAACAGGCAAACCCAAAUGGAACAUGAGAUCAUGAGUUCGCUGUCAUUUCAUCCUCGUAUCAGUCAUAAGUCAAAGAGCAUCAUCAAAUCAAUGAACACAAGCAAGCACAAUCUAGGAGUGUCAAUGGAGUAUCUUCCGAUCUACCACCAACAAAGACUUGACAGCAUCGAGAGUUCAAAGCAGUCCAAACUCGAUAAGUUGAAAAGCGAGCUCCAGCACAAAGAAGACCUUAAAUAAGCACGAAGAAGACCUCAUUUUGCACAAAGUUGCUGAAAUGACAUCAGCUUCAAAGUACAACCACCAUGCUCACAUGAAGAAGAUCAGUGAUUACUGUAAAGCUUAUGAUAGAAACAAGCAAGAAUAUCAGCUCCAGAAGCAACGACAGUAUUCAGAAAUGACUUUCAAGCCCACUGUGAACAAGAAGAGCAGACACCUUGCCAACAAAACUCUCAAGAAGCUUCCUAAUAACAAAUCAGAUGAUCCCAGGAAAAUCAAGAGGAUGGACAAACUCCGAAAAGACACUGAGCCAACAUUCAUGCCUCGAAUCAACAAACGGUCCAGGCUCAUAACCAGUAGAGCCAAGCAAGUCAAGACCAGAAUGCUGUCUCCGCGAAGAAUGGCCAACAGAGACCUCAAGUAUGUGGAUUCGGUAGAUGGUUCCAGAAACGACGAAGUCAUUUGCAGACUCGAGUAUGAUAUUGACGAGUCUGCCCACAACCUUCUACGAAGCUUGAACCUUGCUAGUGAUGAGAAGUCUUAUGAACUCAGAAACAUGUCUGACUUAGUCCCAGCCAGAAAUACUCAGAACGAGUAUGAAAUGACAUCGAGAGAUGCCUUAAACCUGUUUGGAGCUGGAGACCAAGAGUUUCAACGUCAACUUAUGUUUAUUUAUCAACAACAACAGCUGGAUCUCAAUGAUCGAGAAGACGAUGGAGUGACCCAACAACACAUGGGCAACAUUCCAGAAGAACCACAAGACCAGUCCAAUGUGGAGUUUAGCCAAAGAGACCACUCUCAAGAUAUCAUCAGACAAAAACAGUAUGAGACCCACAACUGCACCACAGACCAUGAGUUUUAUGACAACGACGAUGUGCAAGAUUUGCAGCAACACGAACUUGGCCAUACUUGUAAAGACAGAACUGAGCAAAUGCUUCAGCAGAGCAAACAGAGCUACCACACUCCUGACCACAGAGUGCGAACUCUCUGUCACUUGGACACCGUCAAAGAAGCCACUGUCGAAGAAACCUAUAAGAAUGAGGCCACUCCUUACCACAGAGGCACCACCAACGAACAAGACCGAGACCCCACAGAAAAAGACAAUAUCGACAUUCGCAAUUACGAGAGACACGACCGUUUUGAUGAAGCAGAGUCCAAAGACAGUGUCAAAAUGGCCAACUACAACAGCGAUGUUAGAGGUAACGAAGGGUCAGCUCAUAUUGAGGCUAAAUCUUCAAUGGCUCAUGAAUCUCAGUCAGAAAGUGUGAAUGAGCAUUCUGGAGAACUUUAUAAAGAACCCUCUGUACCUCCUAGUGAGCAAGAACUUGGCCUGGGGUCGCUGCAGCUGCUCGAAGGCAUCCUCAAACAGUACAAACACUGUGUAAAGUAGUUUCAACAGAAGCCCUGUUCGAA